AUGACGAUCACUGGAAGCUGCAUGUGUGGUGGCGUUACUUACGCCGUCGAAGCCGACACCUAUCUGGCUGCUCUAUGCCACUGUACCGAUUGCCAGAAGUGGUCCGGUGGUGCCUUUACCUCCAACGCGGUCGUCCCCCGUACUAGCAUGAAAGUGACUAAGGGCACCCCCACUUCCUACGAUGCAGUUGGAAACAGUGGAAAGAUUAACAAGCAUUUCUUCUGCCCGACCUGCGGCUCAAGCAUCUACACAGAACUGGAGAUCAUGCCCGAUGUGACUUGUGUUAAGGCCGGAACCUUGGAUGGAGGAGAAGCCAAUCUUAAGGGCAAAGUCGACGUCGAGUUCUAUGUUAAGGAUCGUCCGGCUUACCUUGCUGCUGUUGAGGGUGCUAAGCAGGAGCAAUUCCUUGGUUGA